AUAAGCGCAUAUAAGGCCAUGUUUUUCUGUGUGUUUUUGAUAGCCGUCAUACACGAUGUAGGGUUAGCAAAGUAACACGUUUACGGCAGACGGCAUUUCCACAGCCAAAGUCAGCACAAUCCACAUUCCCUGUACAGAGAAAGUCGAAGCUGCUGGACAGUGAGAGGGAGUAGUGAAAUAUCUGGGCAGUCGCAGACAGACAAAAGGACGAGAACAACUAGCAGCUUAUUAGGAUGAUUGCUGUGGUGCCGGAGUUGUUCACCCACGUCUUGGCUGAGUUUGACCGAUUUGACCCUUUAAUUUCUGCCCUGCGCCUUGAUUCGGGCAGACUUAAGUGCACGUGCCUUGCAGUGUCGCGGAAAUGGCUUGCUCUCGGCACUUCAGCAGGAGGCCUGCAUCUCAUUCAGAGAGACGGAUGGAAGCAGAGACUCAUCCUCACCCACAAGGAGGGUUCACUCACACAUGUAGCUUGUUGCCCUCAUGAUGAAGACUUUAUUGCUGUAGCAACAAGUGAGGGUCUUGUAGUGAUUUGGGAGCUGCAAGUAGAGAGGAGAGGACAUCCGGAGCGGGCAGGUGUAUCAUGGGAGCAUCGUGGUCAAGCCAUAACAGCGCUGUGCUGGGACACAGCAACUCUAAGGGUUUUCAUUGGAGACGCAGCAGGGAAAGUGUCCUUUGUACGCGCUGGUACCUCCAAACCCGGCAAGGGUUCAUCAUUUGUAAUCUUCCCAGCUCAGACCAUCAUGACAGUCGACUCCCGGGUGGUGCAGCUGGGAUACCUGGAGGGUCAUCUUCUGGUCUCUUCUCUUAGCCGCUGCUACCUCUGUGACACUGAAAGGGAAAAGUUUUGGCGAGUGGGGAACAAGGAGCGUGAUGGAGAAUACGGGGCUUGUUAUCUGCCGCAGCAGCAGACAGGAUCGAGGACACCCGGCACAGGCAACACACAUCUUGUGUACUGUGCUCGGCCAGGCUCGCGCAUUUGGGAGGCCAACUUCAGUGGAGAAGUGCUUAGCACCCAUCAGUUUAAACAGUUGCUUGCCUGCCCUCCGCUGCCACUCGUCUCUUGCAAGAAUGAGCCACAUUAUAUCUCAGGUCAGAGGAGUCCUCAGUCCCUCGCCUUUCGCCGACUACUUCAUCUAAGUGAUCAUCACCUCCUGACAUGGACAGACUCUGCCAUUUAUAUCUUUACACCACACAGUAGACAGGUUUUGCUAUGGACCAAAAUGAAAGAUAUUGUAGACAUUGCAGUGUUUCGCAAUGAGCUGUUUUGUCUCCAUGGUGACGGGCAUCUCUCUAACCUGCUCUUGAUGCCUGUUGAACGCUGUGUGGAGAGACUGAUGAAGCGAGAGAACUGGACACUGGCUGCUACUGUCUGCUGCAUGUUCCAGCACUCUAUAGUAACCUGCAGGGCAAGAAAGAUCAUUCCUAUUGAUCGCCUGGAGCAUCUCAAGGCCCAGUUAAACUCCACGUCUCAGCAGGAGCUGAUUGGCCAGCUGGAGGAAGUGAUCAGUAAGUUGGAGCCUAUGGACUCUGCCUGUAGCAGUCGCAGAAGCAGCAUCUCUUCUCAUGAAAGCUUCAGCGUGCUGGACUGUGGCAUCUAUCGCGUCAUCAGCCGUAGAGGCAGCCAGUCAGAUGAAGACACCAGCUCCCUCAUUAGCCAGUCGAUGCUGGAGGAGGAAAGGAUGAAGGAGUUUAACUUUGCUCAGGAGGAGGAGCAGGUGGAGCCUGACCCCCAGUCAUGUGCACGUGUAGAGGGGGACAAGUCAGAUCUCGGCCUGCAGUUUCACCUCCCACUCUCAUUCCGUCCAAAACCUCCACUCAUCGCACUGCAGGCGGUUAAAGACAGUGUUUCAAGCUUUAUGAAAAAGACUACAGAAAAAAUCAACAAUCUGCAGAUGAACUCUGACCUCUGGACCCGACCCGACCAUAGGGAUGGUGGACAGGAAGAGAUCACACCUUCUGUGACUUCUUGUAUAAACGAAGUAGACAAUGAGGAGACUGUUGAGCAAGCAGAGAACGAGUUGCACGAGCUAAGGGUGGCAACGGAGAAAGCCAUCUUACAGAUCCAGGACCCUCUCGUCCUUUUGGAUCCGAGGAGCUUGACAGAGGUGCUCCUAGAGUGGGUCCCUGUUCUGGAAAGGAUCUUGGGACCAGAGAAACCCUCAAGCAGUGAGAGGCAGAAUGGGGAGAUAAAGGAGGAGAAGAAGAGCUUAGAAGCGGAAGACAAGGACUCAGACAGCCAGCCUUAUUCUGCUGUCCCUCGUGAUGACAGUGGGGUAGAAUGCCAGUCGGAAUUCGAGGACGACUCGAACCACGUAGAGGACGAAAGCCUUACAGAGAGUAACCUCAGCUCCACUGCUUUGGCUGCAGUAUCUUCAGUCGCUAUUGUAGCUCCGGUUGAGUUCACCCUGCCGUCAGACCUCCAGGAUGACUUGUCUUACCUCGCGUGCCUCUACUUGGACUUGGGCUGCCCAAGUGGAGCAGGUGAUGGAGGGUUGGAAAGGGUUUGUGUGUUUCUGAGGAGAUACUAUUUCCUGCUGGAUAAGGAGAAAGUCAGGAAGAUGUGCACUUUGAGGUACAGGGAGCAGCCAGACAUCCUAAAUACCUACAUUGCUUGCAUGCUAGAGUUUACCCAGGCCAGUAAGGUGGUGGAAAUCAUUCAGAAAGGAGAUUUACUGAAGUCGCUGCGCAGUCUGAGAGAGCUGCAGCCCUGGAACGCUCCAGUGCUCCUUACUCACCUUUACCGACUGUAUGAGAAGCACGGGGAGAUGGCCGUUCGAGCCUACCCCCAGUUCUACCCUACAAUCCUGCCCUCUGACAUCAUAGCUAUGGUCCAACCCAGUCACUUUCUGCCUUAUUUGGACAACCUGGUUCAGUCCCAAGCUGAAGAACAAAGACUCUCUUUCUUAGGCUCACUCCUUCAGCCUGAGACGCUACGACAUGUUUGGUUGGCUCUAGCCCUUAGCCAUGAUGCACCACAGAAAGACGACACGCUGACAGCUGAAGGAAACCCAAAGUGGCACUCUCACUACUUCCGCUGGGGUUACGGACGCCUGCUGUCUUUGCUGAUUUGCCUGCCUGCUAACUUAGACUCCAAACAGAAGAUGAUGGAAUCAUGCAGACUUCAUGGUUACUGGACAGGUUAUCUCUACCUCUGCAAAGAGCUGCAACGGCGCACUGAAGCUUUCUCUGCCAUCUGCAUAUUAGAUGAUAUGAGCCUGCUGGAGGAGCCAAAUGGUAUUGUUCCAGAGACCAUGGAAGAGUGGAUGUUCCUUAUUCAGCUUUGUCAACAGAGAAACUCCACAAGCCCGUCACUUCUCUCUACUGACACUACCACCUGUCCUUCCAUGCCCAGUACAGUUAACGGCACCGGUGCUGAUAGCGAUGUGGAUAACACUAAUAAUAAGGACAGCGAUACCGGGGCUGUUGACCUGAUCGACGGUUCUGCGGAUUGGAGCAGCCGGAUCACUGUGGAGAAGUUGGUACUGUGCCUGGCACGGAUUGUGGGGCCUGACCAGGCCCUGGUCGCUCUGCAGGAGCAUGGGCUGCACUUGGAGAUGAACGCUCACUCUACAUUGGUGUGUGAGCUGCUGAGAGUGGCAGAGAAGAGGCAGAGAGCUCUGAUCCAGACCAUGCUGGAGCGCUGUGAUCGGUUCCUUUGGUCUCAGCAGGCCUAAUGAACAAUCCUCCUCCCUAAUCUGCUCAUGUUCUUACUGCCCCACGACAAUCUGCCUGCAGUCUUCUAGCUUCUACACUACAGUCUGUUAGUCUGGACCCAGUUUUGCUUUUCACCAGCCGAUUUGGUUUGUCAGACAGAUCGUACGUAGUUUAACACUUUGUCUUUGAUUUGUUUUGAGCAAUUUUAACAAAUUACGUUUUGCUCUUGAUGCUCUUUUAAAAUUGAGUCUUAUUUGCUCCUUAAUUAUGCAAAUACGAAGCUGCGAGUGAUAAAAUCCAGACCAACGUGUUGGGUAGGUUUCUUUUCUAAACACACUGAAAAGUGCUCAAAUAAUACACUCUUAAAAAGGCUGAAGUUAUAGGAAUAUAUGCUUUGUUUAAAGGUGUAAGUUGUACUUGUACACCAUGCACUAAACCCAUUUUAUUAAGUAUUAUUUCACAGAACUUCUAACCCUUCUGUGUAAGCAGCUGCUGACAUUUCAGUUAUGUUUUUGGCUCGACAGUAUUAACACUUCUAAAACGUGACAUGCUUUUAAAGUUAUUUAUCUAUUUAAUUGAACGUUCUUUAAAAACAGAUGUGAACAUUUUUAUAGAGUUGUAUCUGAAGAUUACGGAAUAAAAUAAUUGUAUUGUAUAAUUUUUGACUUGCAGCUAUGGCACCUGUAGUGAUAAUAAACAUCUGUAUGUCUAAA